AUGGAGAAGCCGCACAAGGCUCACCACAAGCCGUCCGCGGGCUCCAAGCUCGACAAGAAGGACAAGGCGCAGGGCGUUGACCGACGCCAUGCUCAUGGUUACAACCCGAAGAAGAGGCUCCAUGUCCCUCUCGUCAACCGCAACCCCGAGGAGCGCAAAGUGACCCAGGAGAAGGGACAGGGCAUGGACGAGGGCCGCAUGCCCCCGCCGCCCAUCGUCGUCGGCAUCGUCGGACCUCCCGGUGUGGGGAAGACCACGCUCCUCCGCUCGCUCGUCAGGCGAUACACCAAGCACAAUCUGAACGACCCCCAAGGUCCGAUUACUGUUGUGUCCGGAAAGACGAGGCGUAUCACUUUCGUCGAGUGCGGUAACGACCUGAACUCUAUGAUUGAUCUCGGCAAGGUCGUUGACCUCGUGCUAUUGAUGAUCGAUGGAAGCUUCGGCUUUGAGAUGGCUCACGGUUUCCCCAAGGUCAUCGGUCUCCUCACCCACCUCGACCUCAUCAAGAAGCAGAGCACGCUGAAGGACACGAAGAAGCGCCUCAAGCACCGUUUCUGGACCGAGAUUUACCAGGGAGCCAAGCUCUUCUCGCUUUCAGGAGUCAUCAACGGCCGCUACCCCGAUGCCGAGAUCAACCUGCUCACACGAUUCAUCAGUGUGGUCAAGUUCCGUCCGCUAGUGUUCCGUAACCAGCACCCAUACCUGCUCGCCGACCGUCUGCAGGACCUGACGCCUCGCGAGGAGGUGCGCCAGAACCCGAAGAUGGACCGAACAAUCACUCUGUACGGCUACGUCCGCGGACCCAAUCUCCCGGCACGCAACGCCAAGAUCCACAUCCCCGGAGCCGGCGACCUCGAGGUUAAGGAGGUUGAGCGUUUGACCGACCCUUGUCCGCUUCCCACACUUGAGAGCGAGCGUCGUCGUCGCAUGGGAGAAAAGGCAAAGUUGAUUCACGCCCCUAUGAGUGAUGUUGGAGGAGUCAUGUAUGACAAGGACGCCGUUUACGUGAACGUCCUCGGCUCGUUCUCCAAGGACGGCGACCAGCCGAAGGGCGAGGGAGAGCGCAUGGUCAUCGAGAUGCAGGACGCGCAGGCCACCCUCGCCGAGGGUAUGGAGAAAUCUCAGAUCAGGCUGUUCGACUCUUCCUCUGCUCCUCUCACUGUCGACUCGGACGGCAAGCGGAAACGUCGCGCGGCCGCUCCUCGCUCCGGCGGACCAAUGCUCGGUGCCGCUUCCGACGACGAUGAGGACUUCGAUGACGAGUUCGAUGAGGACGAGGGAGGUGCUCGUAUCGAGGAGAUCGACGACGAUGAUGAGCAGGAGAAGGACGUCGCCUACGCGUCUUCUGACUCUGAAAAUGACCUCGACAUGGUCACUGGCUUCGAGGAGAACGGAAAGCAUAUCAACCUUUCAGACGACGAGUACGACGGUUCCGAGCCCGAGGCGGACUUUGGAGAGGGCAGCGAGGACGACGACGACGAGGAUGAUGAGGACGAUGAGGACGUCCCCCAGUGGAAGCGCAAUCUCGCUGACCGUGCGGCCACCGGGUUUGCUGAGCGCAUGCGUCGUCGCCGCGACCUUAUGUCGAUGAUCUACGGAGAUGAGUUGUCGCCCGAGGAGAUUGCCGCUGGCAAGACCCGCCCUUCAUCCGCCGACGCCGAGUCAUCAGCCAUGGCCAUGUCGAACGACGGCUUCCUCCGUGUCCAGGGUGGAGACAACGCUGGAGACGAAGGAGACGCCAUCAAGGAGCCCGUCGAUGUCAAGGCUCUCGAGGAGCGCUGGAGCGACGAGACUAUCCUUGACGGACUGCAGAAGAUGUUCAUCUCCGGAGCGAUGGGUGAGGAGACUGCUGAGGGUCUGCCCUACGAGGAGGAGGGAGACGAUUUCGAGGACCUCGAGGGCGGGGAUGGCGACGAUGAGGACGGCGAGGACGGAGAGAACGUUCCGUAUGUCGGCAUGAAGCCCGACGGAUCCGGACAGGUCGACCACAUCAGUGCUCGUGAGGAGGCUAUGGCGCGCAAGAAGAAGGCGCUCGCGGCCAAGUUCGACGAGCAAUAUGACGAUGAGGACGAGGAGAGCGGCAUGGACUUCUACGACCAGCAGAAGGCCGAGAUGGCUCGCCAGCGCGCUCUCAACGAGUCCGAGUUUGAGGGCAUGGACAUCGACGCCCGUGCCCAGAUCGAGGGCUACCGCUCUGGAAUGUACGUGCGUCUCGAGAUCGACAACGUGCCGUGCGAGCUUGUGGAGAACUUCGACCCGAAGUUCCCGAUCAUCGUUGGUGGUCUCCUCGCCGAGGAGGAGCGCUUUGGGUACGUCACCGUGCGUAUCAAGCGUCACCGUUGGUUUACGAAGACUCUCAAGACGAACGACCCGCUCAUAUUCUCCCUCGGCUGGCGCCGGUUCCAGUCGCUGCCGAUCUACCAUCUCGACGACCACAGUAUCCGAAACCGCAUGCUCAAGUACACUCCAGAGCACAUGCACUGUUUCGCGACGUUCUACGGUCCUGUCUCGGCGCCGAACACGGGUCUCGCCGCCUUCAACAGCCUGACCAACGAUGCUCCUGGCUUCCGCGUGUCUGCGACCGGUGUCGUGCUCGACGUCGACCGUAGUACCAAGAUCGUCAAGAAGCUCAAGCUCACGGGUACGCCGUACAAGAUCUUCAAGAACACCGCUUUCAUCAAGGACAUGUUCAACAGUGCGCUUGAGGUCGCCAAGUUUGAGGGCGCCAACAUCCGUACCGUUUCCGGUGUUCGUGGUCAGAUCAAGAAGGCGCUCGCCAAGCCCGAGGGCGCCUACCGUGCGACGUUCGAGGACAAGAUCCUGAUGAGCGAUAUUGUCUUCCUGCGCGCGUGGUACAGCAUCGAGCCGAAGAAGCUCUACAACCCCGUCACGUCGCUCCUGCUUGCGGACAAGAAGGGCUGGAAGGGCAUGCGUCUUACCGGCCAGAUCCGCCGCGAGGAGGGUGUCGACACGCCGCUGGACCCCAACUCGGCCUACCGCACUGUCGAGCGCAGCACGCGCCGCUUCAACGCUCUCAAGAUCCCGCGCAAGCUCCAGGCCGACCUGCCGUACGCGUCCAAGCCCAAGGUCAUGAACGCGCAGAAGAAGCCGACGUAUCUCCAGUCUCGUGCGGUUGUCAUGGGCGACGAGGAGAAGAAGGCUGUCGCGCUUCUGCAGCAGAUCCAGAGUCUGAAGAAGGACAAGGUCGCACGACGAAAGGAGAAGCAGGAGGAGCGCAGGAAGGGACACCGCGAGAAGGUCGAGGCGAGCGAGGAGCGCAAGGCGGAGAAGAUCCGCGAGGAGCGAAGAGAGAAGGCGCGCCAGGACGCCAUCAAGAAGGCGCACCUUGAGAAUGGCGGCGGUGCUGGUGGCGGCAAGAAGAGGAAGCGUGGUUAA